ACACCCUGAAGUGUCUUGACCUUGAACACAAUGUCCAAGAAUGUAAUUUUACUGAGGAAACGAUGAGUUUUAUUGUUUUGAAAAUGGGUCAGAAGCUCAUUGCGUUUAAGUUCCAUAUCAGAUAAAAUUAGGUCAGAUCAGUUAAAUUCUUUACACUUCAUUUAUUUUCUCAUAUACCAGUUUGUUACUGUUUGCAAAUUACAUGAUAAAAAUUAUAGUUCAAUUGUAGUCAAGUAUUGUGUUCCAAUUAUAACAUUAUCCAGUAGAUACAGGCAAUAAAUAUAACAAUUUUUCAUGCAUCCAAAGGACUACCUGUUGAAGGAUGGCCUGUAGAGAGUGGGAUUCAGGGUUUCCCACAUCCUGCGUGGAAGUUGCAUACUUUGUGUGGUCCUGAAAUGUAUCGAUUAAAAAUAUAUGUUUAAUUUCAGCUGUUAUUUAGAAACAAAAUAUGCAAGAAGCCUUUUCUGUCAAAACAUCUUAUUCACAACUUCCGCUAUAUGAUCAGGAAACGAAAGUAGUGAUUCAUAUUUUUUCCUCAUAUUUUGACUUGCAUCUUUGUGCAACAGUUUCGGGAAAGGAACAACUGUAGAAGGAUGACUUGGCUCUGUCCAGCUGUUGUUGACUGAAAUUUGAGAUGUGGGCGUGAUUUGCCCAUUAUUCGUCAUCAUUUUCCUCAUUAUUGUAAGCGUAUCUAGUGAAGCGGUUCAUGAUUUUGAGUAAAAUAAUUGUAAAGUAAAGAUACUGGAAUAUCAUGCGGUUUAGCAUCUUCAUCAUCGUUCUGCUGGGCUUCAUCAACUUCACACUGGCUCAAGUUAAGGGCUGCUGUCAGCGCUAUGUCUCUAAAAUAAGACUUUUUGAAAAGAAAAGAGUGACCAGCUACAGAAUACAAGAGAUGGGCAAACACUGCACGUUCCCUGCUGUCAUCUUCAAAUUGGAUAAUUCCGAGUUUUGUGCUGAUCCUACAGAACGUUGGGUCCACAAUCUCGUGAGGAGGGUGAACAAAUUGUUUCCAGGGUCGUUUAUGGAUGGUGGCUGUUGUCUGCAGUAUGCCACGAGUGUUAAACUGUCCACAAGGAAUAGAGUGACCAGCUACAGAAGACAAAAUCCGAGCAGACGCUGCAGGAUCGCUGCUAUUGUAUUCACAUUGGAAAAUGACCAGGAGUUCUGUGCUGAUCCCAUGGAAAGAUGGGUCAAUUCUCUCAUGCAGAGGCUGGACGGGCUGUCAGAUGGGUGGCCUGUGUGGUUUCCGGAGCCUCCGAGGCCUCCGAGACCUCCAAGGCCUCCGGAGCCUCCGAGACCUCCAAGGCCUCCGAGCCCUCCAAGGCCUCCAGAGCUUUCGAGGCCUCCUACACUUCCGGUGAUCCCAGUGCAUCAAAAGCCUCAGAGGCCUCUGGUGCCUCCAAAGCCUCGAACUACAGCAAUGCCUCAAAGGCCAGAAAUGCCUGAAAUGACUCGAACGACUGAAAGGUCUAAAAUGACUCAAACUACCGAAAUGCCUGAAAUGCCUCAAACUCCUCAAAUGUCUGAAAUGCCUCAAACAACUGAAAGGUCUGAAAUGACUCGAACGACUGAUAUGCCUAAGAUGCCUCGAACGACUGAAAUGCCUAAAAUGCCUCGAACAACUGAAAUGCCACGAACGACUGAAAGGUCUGAAAUGCCUCGAACGACUGAUAUGCCUGAAAUGCCUCAAACAACUGAAAUGACUGAAAUGCCUCGAACGACUGAAAUAACUGAAAUGCCUCGAACGACUGAAAGGUCUGAAAUGCCUCGAACGACAGAUAUGCCUGAAAUGCCUCGAACGACUGAAAUGACUUCAAUGCCUGAAAUGCCUCAAUCGACUGAAAUGCCUCGAAUGACUGAAAUGCCUAAAAUACCUUGGACAACUGAAAUGCCUGAAAUGCCUCGCACGACUGAAAUGCUUGAAAUGCCUAGAACAACUGAAAUGCCUGAAAUUCCUCAAAUGACUGAAAUGCCUCAAAUGACUGAAAUGCCUGAAAUGCCUCAAACAACUGAAACCCCUCAAGCGACUGAAAUGCCUCGAACGACUGAAAUGCCUGAAAUUCCUCAAACGACUGAAAUGCCUCGAGUGACUGAGAUACCUCGACCAACUGAAGUUACUGAAAUGCCUCAAACGACUGAAACGCCUCGAGCGACUGAAAUAUCUCGAGCAACUGAAGUUACUGAAAUGCCUCAAACUUCUCAAAUGUCUGAAAUGCCUCAAACGACUGAAAGGUCUGAAAUGCCUCGAACGACUGAUAUGCCUGAAAUGCCUCGAACGACUGAUAUGCUUGAAAUGCCUCAAACAACUGAAAUGACUGAAAUGCCUCGAACGACUGAAAUAACUGAAAUGCCUCAAACGACUGAAAGGUCUGAAAUGCCUCGAACGACAGAUAUGCCUGAAAUGCCUCGAACGACUGAAAUGACUUUAAUGCCUGAAAUGCCUCAAUCAACUGAAAUGCCUCGAAUGACUGAAAUGCCUAAAAUACCUUGGACGACUGAAAUGCCUGAAAUGCCUCGCACGACUGAAAUGCUUGAAAUGCCUAGAACAACUGAAAUGCCUCGAGUGACUGAAAUGCCUGAAAUUCCUCAAAUGACUGAAAUGCCUCAAACGACUGAAAUGCCUGAAAUGCCUCAAACAACUGAAACCCCUCAAGCGACUGAAAUGCCUCGAACGACUGAAAUGCCUGAAAUUCCUCAAACGACUGAAAUGCCUCGAGUGACUGAGAUACCUCGACCAACUAAAGUUACUGAAAUGCCUCAAACGACUGAAACGCCUCGAGCGACUGAAAUACCUCGAGCAACUGAAGUUACUGAAAUGCCUCAAACUCCUCAAAUGUCUGAAAUGCCUCAAACGACUGAAAGGUCUGAAAUGCCUCGAACGACUGAUAUGCCUGAAAUGCCUCGAACGACUGAAAUAGCUAAAAUGCCUCGAACAACUGAAAUUACUGAAAUGCAACGAACGACUGCAAGGUCUGAAAUGCCUCGAACAACUGAUAUGCCUGAAAUGCCUCAAACAACUGAAAUGACUGAAAUGCCUCGAACGACUGAAAUUACUGAAAUGCCACAAACGACUGAAAUGCCUGAAAUGCCUCAAACAACUGAAAUGCCUGAAAUUACUCAAACGACUGAAACGCCUCAAGCGACUGAAAUGCCUCGAACGACUGAAAUGCCUGAAAUUACUCAAACGACUGAAACGCCUCAAGCGACUGAAAUGCCUCGAAUGACUGAAAUGACUAAAAUCCCUCAAAUGACUGAAAUGCCUAAAAUACCUCGAACAACCGAAAUGCUUGAAAUGCAUAGAACAACUGAAAUCCCUCGAGUGACUGAAAUGCCUCAAACGACUGAAACCCCUCAAGCGACUGAAAUUCCUCAAACGACUGAAACGCCUGGAGCGACUGAGAUACCUCGAGCAACUGAAGAUACUGAAAUGCCUCAAACAACUGAAAUGCUUCGAACGACUGAAAUACCUCGAGCAACUGAAGUUACUGAAAUGCCUCAAACGACUGAAAGGUCUGAAAUGCCUCGAACGACUGAUAUGCCUGAAAUGCCUCGAACGACUGAAAUACCUAAAAUGCCUCGAACAACUGAUAUGCCUGAAAUGCCUCAAACAACUGAAAUGACUGAAAUGCAACGAACGACUGAAAGGUCUGAAAUGCCUCGAACAACUGAUAUGCCUGAAAUGCCUCAAACAACUGAAAUGACGGAAAUGCCUCGAACGACUGAAAGGUCUGAAAUGCCUCGAACUAAUGAUAUGCCUGAAAUGCCUCGAAUGACUGAAAUGCCUAAAAUGCCUCGAACAACUGAAAUUACUGAAAUGCAACGAACGACUGAAAGGUCUGAAAUGCCUCGAACAACUGAUAUGCCUGAAAUGCCUCAAACAACUGAAAUGACUGAAAUGCCUCGAACGACUGAAAUAACUGAAAUGCCUCGAAAGACUGAAAGGUCUGAAAUGCCUCAAAUGACAGAUAUGCCUGAAAUGCCUCGAAUGACUGAAAUGACUAAAAUCACUCGAAUGACUGAAAUGCCUAAAAUACCUUGGACGACUGAAAUGCCUGAAAUGCCUCACACGACUGAAAUGCUUGAAAUGCCUAGAACAACUGAAAUGCCUCGAGUGACUGAAAUGCCUGAAAUUCCUCAAGUGACUGAAAUGCCUCAAACGACUGAAAUGCCUGAAAUGCCUCAAACAACUGAAACCCCUCAAGCGACUGAAAUGCCUCGAACGACUGAAAUGCCUGAAAUUCCUCAAACGACUGAAACGCCUCGAAUGACUGAAAUGACUAAAAUCCCUCAAAUGACUGAAAUGCCUAAAAUACCUCGAACGACUGAAAUGCUUGAAAUGCAUAGAACAACUGAAAUCCCUCGAGUGACUGAAAUGCCUCAAACGACUGAAAUGCCUGAAAUGCCUCAAACGACUGAAACCCCUCAAGCGACUGAAAUUCCUCAAACGACUGAAACGCCUCGAGCGACUGAGAUACCUCGAGCAACUGAAGUUACUGAAAUGCCUCAAACUCCUCGAAUGUCUGAAAUGCCUCAAACGACUGAAAGGUCUGAAAUGCCUCAAACGACUGAUAUGCCUGAAAUGCCUCGAACGACUGAAAUACCUAAAAUGCCUCGAACAACUGAUAUGCCUGAAAUGCCUCAAACAACUGAAAUGACUGAAAUGCCUCAAACAACUGAAAGGUCUGAAAUGCCUCGAACGACUGAUAUGCCUGAAAUGCCUCGAAUGACUGAAAUGCCUGAAAUGCCUCAAACAACUGAAAUGACUGAAAUGCCUCGAACUAAUGAUAUGCCUGAAAUGCCUCGAACGACUGAUAUGCCUGAAAUGCCUCGAAUGACUGAAAUGCCUAAAAUGCCUCGAACAACUGAAAUUACUGAAAUGCAACGAACGACUGAAUGGUCUGAAAUGCCUCGAACAACUGAUAUGCCUGAAAUGCCUCAAAAAACUGAAAUGACUGAAAUGCCUGGAACGACUGAAAUAACUGAAACGCCUCGAACGACUGAAAUAACUGAAAUGCCUCGAAAGACUAAAAGGUCUGAAAUGCCUCGAACGACUGAAAUGACUUCAAUGCCUGAAAUGCCUCGAUCGACUGAAAUGCCUCGAAUGACUGAAAUGACUAAAAUCCCUCGAAUAACUGAAAUGCCUAAAAUACCUCGCACGACUGAAAAGCCUGAAAUGCCUUGCAUGACUGAAAUGCUUGAAAUGCCUAGAACAACUGAAAUGCCUCGAGUGACUGAAAUGCCUGAAAUUCCUCAAAUGACUGAAAUGCCUCAAAUGACUGAAAUGCCUCAAACGACUGAAACCCCUCAAGCGACUGAAAUGCCUCGAACGACUGAAAUGCCUGAAAUUCCUCAAACGACUGAAACGCCUCGAGCAACUGAAAUGCCUCGAAUGACUGAAAUGACUAAAAUCCCUCGAAUGACUGAAAUGCCUAAAACGACUGAAAUGCCUGAAAUGCCUCAAACGACUGAAACCCCUCAAGUGACUGAUAUGCCUCAAAUGACUGAAACGCCUCGAGCCACUGAAAUUACUGAAAUGCCUCAAACUCCUCAAAUAUCUGAAAUGCCUCAAACGACUGAAAUGCCUGAAAUGACUCAAUUGACUGAAAGGACUGAAAUGCCUAAAAUGCCUCGAACAACUGAUAUGCCUGAAAUGUCUUGGAUGACUGAAAUGCCUCAAACCAAUGAAAUGCCUCAAACAAACGAAAUGACUGAAAUCGCUGAAACUACUGAAAUGCCUAAAAUGCCUCGAAUGACUGAAAUGCCAAAAAUGACUCAAACGACUGAAAUGCCUCAAAUUCAUCGAACAACUGAAAUGUCUGAAAUGUCUGAAACGCCUCGAGUGACUGAAAUGACUGAAAUCCCUCAAGCUACUGAAACCCCUCAAGCAACUGAAACUGUCUCGAAUGACUGAAAUGCCUGAAAUGUCUGAAAUGCCUUGCACGACUGAAAUGCUUGAAAUGCCUAGAACUGAAGUGCAUCGAGUGACUGAAAUGCCUCAAACGACUGAAACGCCUCGAGUGACUGAAAUGCCUUGAGCAACUGAAAUUACUGAAAUGCCUCAAACUCCUCAAAUGUCUGAAAUGCCUCGAACGACUGAAUUGCCUCGAGUGACUGAAAUGCCUGAAAUGACUGAAAUGCCUUGAACAACUGAAAGGCCUGAAUUCCUUUGAAUGACUGAAAUGUAUGAAAUCCUUCGAACAACUGAAAUGCCUAAAAUGCCUCGAACUACUGAAAUGCCUCGAAUGAAUGAAAUGCCUAAAAUGACUCGAACGACUGGAAUUCCUGAAAUCCUUCGAACACCUGAAAUGCCUUUAUCAACUGGAGUGCCUAAAAUGCCUCGAACUACUGAAAUGCCUGAAAUCCCUCAAACGACUAAAAUGCCUGGAACGAAUGAAAUGCCUCAAAUAACUCAAACAACUGAAAUGCCUCAAACAACUGAAAUGCCUCAAAUGACUGAAAAGCCUCGAACAACUGAAAGGUCUGAAAUGCCUCGCAUAACUGAAAUGCCUGAAAUGCCUAGAAUGACUGAAAUGUCUAAAAUGCCUGAAACUACCGAAAUGCCUGAAAUGUCUCGAUCGACUGAAAUGCCUAAAAUGCCUCAAACUACCGAAAUCCUUCGAACUCCUGAAAUGUCUGAAAUGCCUCAAAAGUCUGAAAUGACGGAAUUCCCUCGAAUGACAGAAAUGCCUGAAAUGCCUUGAACAACAUAAAUGCCUGGAACAACUGAAAUGACUCAAAUGACUGAAAUGCCUCAAACGCCUGGGAUGCCUGAAAUCCCUGGAAUGCCAGAAAUGCCUUGAAUGACUGAAAUGCCUGAAAUCCCUCGAACAACUGAAAUGCCUAAAAUGCCUCGAAUGCCUAAAAUGCUCCGGAUCCCUGAAAUGAUUUAGAUGCCUAAAAAGCCUCAGACGCCAAAAAACCCUUGGAUGCCUGAAAUGCCUCAGAUGCCUAAAAUGCCUUGGAUGCCUCGAAUGCCUGAAACGCAUAAAAUGCCUGAAACACCUGGAAUACCUCAAAUUCCUCAAAUGCCUUCCAUGCCUCAACUGCAUCCCAGACAUCCCAGACCUACCGAGCCGAUAACUUAUUGAGUUAUGUUGCCACUUAAUGUUACAUAAUUUAGCUGCUUUUCUUAGUUAAGUGAAUUAAAUGCAUUUUAAAAAAAAAUAUUUUACCUUUAUUUCUAUACAUAUUGUGGUCAAUUUAAUUCAAUAUAAUUUGUGUAUUAAAAUUUCUAUAUAUGGUUA